UGUUUAGGAAGGGCCGUGAACCCUCAACUGAGUGUAGUUCAUAAUAUCUGUGAUCUAAAGCAUCAGAGCUCCUAUUUCAAAUGAGACUCAGACUCCAGCGUGCUCGUUCAGCUCUCACAUCAAAUACCAAAGACUUGUUCAUCUCAUGAACUGUUACAGGUCCUGUACCAACAUGAUUAUUGAGCGUGUUCCAGACACAUAGUAAAACUAAAAGCAGCCACCCCCACACGCUUAUGAACGAAAUUCUUUAUUACUGGGCAAUAAAUCAAACAUCAGUGUCAAAGCUGAAGGGAAUAUCCUCAGAUCUCUUGUUUUGUUUGGCUUAUAACUCCAAAGAGAACAUUUCUUCCAGUUUUCCUUGAAAAUAACUGAAUCAGUUAAUCAAUCUGAUGCAUUAUUUGAGUAACUUAUUAAUUAGUUAAUAGUUGCAAGAAUUACAGUAAAACGUGUGUGUGUGUGCGCUUUAGAUGAUGCCUUCCUGGGGGGAUGUAAUGGACAAAUCGAGCCGAGUGUGUCGACCCCAGCUGAUUAGCGAAUCGUCUAAGGUCAGUGUUGUUAUUGUUAAAAAUUAAUUUCAUGGUCUGUAAAGUAGCUUCAGGUUAAUCGACUAAUAGUUGUAGACAGUUGUCUAUCCAAAGUGCAGAGGAUCUGGGGACUGUUUUCAUCCCUCUGGUAAGUUGAGAAGUCAGCUCAUUUCUAGCCUGAGAGACAAAAUCAGACGAUGGAAACCUCAGCAGAUCUCUCUCUACUGCUUGUACAGUAUAAACACUGCAAGUGCCAAGAAACUUCCAUCUGAAGUUUGGCAGCAGUUGGCUUUAUCUGGGGUGUGAAUCAGGAGGAAUGUGCAAAAGUAAGCAGGCAAAAAGAAGAAGAAAGGCAGCCUGGUUCUUUUCAACAAGGUUUUCCGCUGGGUGGAUCAUGCCGCUGAACUGCUGCAGGGCCUCGACGAGCAGCGGCAGCACAGCCAGUUCUGCGACGUGGUCCUCGUGGCUGAAGACGAGCGCGUCCCCGCUCACCGAGCCCUGCUGGCGGUCUCCAGCCCGUAUUUCAAUGCUAUGUUUACUUUGGGCAUGAAGGAGGAGCACCAGCAGGAGGUGGAGCUGGUCGGGAUGUCCUUCAUGGGUCUGAAGGCUGUGGUGGACUUCCUGUACAGCGGCGAGCUGCCACUGGACGGAGGAAACAUUGACUAUGUGCUGGAAGCUGCUCACCUCCUGCAGGUGUGGCGAGCGGUGGAUUUCUGCUGCCAGUUCCUGGAGACGGAGGUGAGCGAGGACAACUACCUGUACCUGCAGGAGCUGGCGCUGCUCUACAGCCUGGAGCGACUCAGCGCCUUCAUCGACCACUUCAUCCUCAAACAUUUCACCACGCUCUCUUUCACCCCGGACUUCCUGCGCAACAUUCCUUUCCACAAACUCAACUCCUACCUCUCCAGUGGCCAGGUUCAGCACGACAGCGAGCAGGCGCUUCUCCAGGCCUCGCUGCAGUGGCUCAGCCAGACGCCCGAGCGGACCUCCCACGCCAGGCAGCUCCUCUCCCACAUCCGAUUCUCUCUGAUCCCGGUGGCAGACCUCAUGAGCAGGGUGCUUCCGGACGUGCGAGCUCUGCUGCCCGAGGAGGCCGGCUGUGAGGCCCUGGUGGAGGAGGCGCUGGCGUACCACGCCAGGACCAGCGCUCAACCACUCCUGCAAACUGGACGCACCACAGUGAGGGGGGGAGUGGAGAGACUGCUGCUCAUUGGAGGAGAGGUUUCCGAGCGUGGGGAGGAGCUUAGCGCUAGCGUUUCCUGUCUGGACGCUGAAACGGGGAGCUGGAAGGUGGAGACUGAGCUGCCGGCCCAGCGGAGCCACCACUGCCUGGCAGUCCUGGGAGGCUUCAUCUUCACCACCGGCGGGAGCUCGUCCAGGGACAACGGUGGAGACGCUGCCUGUAACCUUCUGUACAGAUACGACCCCCGCCACAACCAGUGGACCAGGGGUGCUUCGAUGAACCAGCGGCGCGUGGACUUCUACCUGGGGACCGUGGGAGAGUACCUGAUCGCUGUGGGAGGGAGGAAUGACACCGGAGCUUUGUCGUCAGUGGAGGUCUACUGCCCUGCUGAGGACUGCUGGUCUUACGUGGCAGGACUGCCCAGGCUUACUUACGGUCACGCUGGUACAGUCCACCGUGGCGUCGUCUACAUCUCAGGCGGUCACAACUAUCAGAUCGGCCCCUACCGCCGGGACGUCCUGAGCUACAACCCGUUGCGGGAUGGCGAUGUGUGGGUGGAACGCCAACCCAUGUCUCUGGCCCGGGGCUGGCACUGUAUGGCCUCCCUCGACAACCUAAUCUAUGCCAUCGGAGGCAGCGACGACCACGAGGACACCUCGGAACGCUUCGACAUCCUGCAGGUGGAGUCCUACGACCCACGCAGUGACCAGUGGACCCAGAUUGCGCCGCUGCUGCUGCCCAACAGCGAGGCGGGGCUCGCUGUGUGGGCAGGUAGGAUCUACGUUCUCGGGGGCUUCAGCUGGGAGAGCAUGGCGUUCUCCAGGGCCACACAAGUAUACGAUCCAGACAAGGGGGCGUGGUCCAGAGGCCCCGACCUGCCCAAAUGCAUAGCAGGGGCUUCGGCAUGCGUGUGCACUGUGAAGCCUCCGCCGCUGUCAGCCUCGCCGCAGAAGAAGAUGGAACCUGGGGUGAAUGGAAGUUUAGAGCCUUCAUAACAGCAGGGAUGGACGUCACAUGCACUUGAACAGGAGAUUAAGACUUUAAGUCUCCUACAUGACUCUCAUGCUCAUCCAGAGGAAAAAGGACGACCAUCAAAAUCUUUCCUGGAGCACACUGGAUACAUAAAUGUUGACAGAAAACUGCGUCACGUGAUCGACAGUCUGUCCUGAAUUUAUAUACAUUCGUCUUCAGCACUGAAGUUUGUCUGGUUUAGUGCAGUCAUGAAUUGAGGGCUUUCAGCAGCUCAGAAGCCGGACGGAGGAGCCAUUAUUCUGUACUAUGACUGACAGGGUGACCGGCGGACUUGGGUCACGCUGCCCAACAGCAGUCCGCGACUCUCCAGUCUGUUUACAAAGUCGAGCUCAGCCACAAUCCCAGCAGAUCAGCUACUUUCAGUGCCAGCCAACACCUGCUCAUGGCGCAGCUGACGCUUGUAUUCACAUGUAAUAGAUCUCUCUUACUGGGUAUGCAUGCCGCUUUGCAACCCUCCUCCUUUUCUUGCUGCAUCUGACUUAAUCAGUGUUGUAUCUGCCGCUGACUGUCUCAUAACUGCAU